CCUGAGCCGGCGGCAGCGCCCGGGGCCGCGGGAGGCCGAGCCGUGGACCGCGCGGUGUCGGCUGCCUCAGCCCUCAGGCGACGGCGGACGGACGCGUGGACCGACCUGGACCGCGGAGCUUCAGCUCCUCACAGUUGAGCACAUUUCCAAAGGAACGGUUGCUUGUGUGCGACCAAUGCCUUCAUCCUGGAUGACACCUGCAGAACGUACAAGAUGGCCUAUGUCAUCCUGUGCAUCCCCAGCAUGUCUUAGGACAUCCGCAAUCACCACAAAUGCUACAAGAUCCUGAGGCAGCUCUUUGACCAGGUUCCUGCCAAGCUCAGGUGUGAAAUGCUCUUCUGCUCCGGCCAGGACAUCGACUGCAUGGAGUGGCAACAACAGACCAUUGUGCCUGCAUACUCCUAUGAAGAGUGGAUGAAACCCAACUGCUUGACUUUACAGGACUCCUGCAAGAGGGAUUUUAUCUGCAGUUCCAGGAAGGAAAUGGAACUGACAAUACUUCUGUCUCACUUCCUGAGGACUGGCAUUGCAGGAAGAAGAGAAAUUUAUCCAAUAGGAACUAAACAGUCUGAUGGUGACUUUUUGUGCUCUGGCUGCAACAUUUGGCCGCCAGAGUUGCCUGAAUUCUCAAGCAGUAAAGCUGCCAAAGCUGCCUGCAUUGGAGUUUGGAGGGGGACUGAGGUACCAAGCCCUGAAGGUGCACAAACUGGCUUGGAACACUGGCACCCGGAAACAGGCAGCUAGGUGGUCGCCAUCUUGGCUGGAAGUCCCCAGCUUUGAACUCUUGAUCUGAUUGUCUGUUCUGCCCAAGGAUGUGAUUAUAAAUGCUUCCCUGGAGAGAAUAUGUCCUCCUGAACAGGAGACUAAAUUUGAAACACUGUAGGAAAAAUUUUAGUGGCAGCAGGGUAUUAGAGGACACAUCUAUGCACACAGUGUUAGUUUUCCACACCACUGUUUUUUUUCCACUUUUUCUGUUGACACAGUCACUCUCAAAAAUUCUCUAUACACAUGCCCCUUAAACCUCUAUACUGUAGAGAGACCAGAGCCGCCUCAAUCUGUUAUCUUCAUGUGUCAGAUUAAAAACACAAUGUGAGGGCUGGAGAGAUUGCUGAGUGGUUGAGGUGCCUGCCUGCAAAUCCUAACACCCUGGGUUUGAUUCCUCUGUACUCAUGUAAAUCUAGAUGUACAAAGUGGAGUAUGCAUCUGGAAUUCAUUUCCAUGGGCUAGCAGCCCUGGAGAUCUAUGCACGUUUUCUCUCUCUCUCUCUCUCUCUCUCUGUGUCUAUU